AUGGAUUCAGAUCUUGAAGUCACAGAGCUGGACUCACCUGUUCAGAGCUCAGAUGAUUCGGACCUGGUGCUCCUCUUGGUCCCCACUGGAAGGCGUCUGAUCUCAGGUCUGCUGGGUUUGAAUGUGGUUGUGCUGGGGUCAGCUCUGGUGGUGGGACAUGCUUUAAACCCCGCAGGCCUGAGGAACCAGGAGCCCCGGGUGUUGAUACUGCUGCUGAUGGGGGUCAGCCUGGUCUGGAUGCAGUGGUACCUGCUGUGCGCUCGGAGAAAGCCUGGACUCUGCGUGCACAAAGACCACCACGCCGGGGGGAUCCCAGUCACGUGUAAACCUCUUUGUAUCUCAUCAACUAAAGUUGGUCUGUGUGGUUUUUGUGUGUAAUGAAACGUGUAUUUCCUCUCCCGCUCCGGUCCAGCCGUCCUCAUGGUCUUUGCUGCGUUCAGUCUGCUGCUCUACGUCUGCAGGAUCGGGUAUUUCAUCAACACCAGGGAGUGUAAACCUGCUGCUGAAGUCCUCUCUCCAUUCAUAGAGGCUCCUUUCCUCAUUCUGCAGGUAUUUCUACCUUCAUCCUGGUGAAAAAACAGCAAAACACAGACUCAAGCGGUCUUUGAGUAGAUUCAGAGGAAUUUAUAGUUCAUUUUUGCACGUUGAAUUACUUGAUUGAAGUGUGCACUCACAACAACACUCUAAGGUGGUGCAUCAUGACCGUAACACAAAUUAUUCUGAUUUGCACAGAGCAAAGAUUAAGAAGUUAUAUCCUCAAUAUAGAAGAAAGUGUCCUGAAGUUCUUAGAACUUUACAGGAAUAAAACUGAACGUAAAGAAACCAGGAGAGUUACACUACUAAUCUUCAAACUAACCAAGUGUUUUUUCUUGUUUCUGGAGUAAAAAAAAAAGGUAUUUUCAGAUAUAAGCAGUACAAAUAAGACUGUAAUUGAUAUUGAGUGUGUAAUUCUGCAUGUGCACAGAGCAAACUGUACCCGUUGACCUCCUUUUAAUGAUGCAUUAUUCCACGAAACCUAAAAAAGUCAAAUUUACAGACUACAUUUGCAGAUAUUUUCGAUCAUCACAAUCGAUUCAGACUUCAAUUUUUGCACCUAAUGUCUUGAAAUAAGAUUUAUAUCUGAACUUGUCUUAAACAAAGUCUUAUGCGUCAAAAAUCCGAUUUUUAAAUUCACUAAGAUUUGAGUUUUUGCAGCGUGUUACAACUUUUGGAGAAGUGGAACCAGCUUCUGAACAGAGACGAACAAACGUGCGUUUAAUCAGGAGCUCAUAUUACCUUUGUUCAGCUGCAGCCAUAAAACUAAUAUCUAUUACAUAAGCCUAAAGGAGCAUAAAUACAGACUAAUUAAAAUCAAACAGGCCGCUGAUCGUGUCAGGUACUCAACUUAAUAUAUAAAAACUUAAUAAAUGUUUACACUUAGGCAACACGACACCAGAGGGGGCGCUGUUGUACCUGCAGCUGUUGAGCUUGGCUUUGUUGUUGCUUUUUAGCGUGACCCUCAUAGCAGCACAGAGUCGUGGUCAGGAGUCAAACGAGCAACCGCCGCCAGGAGGACUUCAGUCUCUUUAUACGGGACACCAGCACCCCAAACUGAGGAGUUACAGUAAAGCUCGCGACUUUUAAAGACGUCAGAUUUGUGCCCCAAAAUUUUCACCUUCAUGCCGAGUAUCAAAAAAGUGCUUUUCAACCAAAAGUACCAAGAACUUUUACUUCCAGGGACGUCUCUUUUUAAGGUCUGUACCGCAACCGGUCACCAGGGGGAGCUCUAAAAGUUCUGUUACUCUUGACAUAGACUAUAAUAAAAAUAAUCCACGCUUUCAUUUUUCCAAGGCUGGACUUCUGUAACUCUAUCCUUCCUGGUUUAAAUAAGAAAUCACAUCACUCCAGUUUUAGCCUCCCUUCACCGGCUUCCUGUCAGUUUUAGAAUUGAAGAAUUUAGAUUUUAUUGAUUACUUUAAGGCUCUUAAGGGACUUACUCUGAGCUACAUUUCAGAGCUUUUAAUACCUUAAGAGCCAACUCUCAGCCUCAGAUCCUCUGUUGAAGUCCUCCUGGUCGUUCCAAAGUCGAGACUCUGAACUAAAGGUGAUCGAUCUUUCUCCACCAGAGCUCCUCGACUUUGGAACGACCUGCCAGAGGAGAUAAGACGAACAGCAGAGACAGACGCCACUUUAAAGUCAAAUUUAAAAACUCACUUUUACAGACUUGAUGCUGUCUUUCAUAUUUUAUCUUUGUCUUAUUUCGACUUACUGUCUUUUUAGCUUUUGUUUUACUUAUAAUCUUUUCUUCUUUAACCUUUUAGGCCUUUUAUUGAUUUUAUUAUUUUUUUCCUGUUUGCUCCUCAUGGUCUCAUUUUAUGUCGUAGGGUUCUUGUAUUGACUGGGUUCCUUAUGACAAAUGAAACUGGCCUUAAAUUCGGAGGCCUUGUUUUUAACUGAGCUUUUGUUUUUAUUUCCAUGUGCUGAUUUUUUGCGCUUUACGACCUUUUGUCAAAGCUUCUGUUUUUAAAAGUGCUUCAAAAAUAAAUUUAUAAUAUUAAUAAGUUUUUUUAAUCAUUAUUUUUAUUAUUAAGUUUUUUAUUUAUUCUGCAUUUAGUGUAAGUAUUGUCACAGUUUUUGUAUUUGUAGAUUGAGUACUGUGUUUUAUUGAUGCUGCCUCUGUUUUUUUUAAUUUCCCACUGGGAUUAAUUAAGUAUCUCUCUCUCUCUCUCUCUCUCUCUCUCACUCUCUCUAUAAACCGGCGUACCCCAGGGCUCUGCUUUGGGACCACUGUUGUUUACAUUUCAUAUUGUAUGGUCAGCUGUUACAAGAAAAGACAUUUCCACUGUCAUGUCGUAUUUGUGCAGAAGUUGUGUGUAUAUAUUCACAUCCUUUGGCAGAUAAAUUGUUUGCUUUAAGAUGCCGUAAGAAUAAAAUGAAAUGAAACUUAAAAAUGAAACUCCUCUGUCUCUUCUCGCAGACGUAUCUGCUGUGGGCUCACUCCAAAGACUGCAUUCAGAAACUGAAGAUAAGCAGCAGGUGAAGCGCUCGGUACUUUCACAGUGAUGUUUGAAUACUUCCCGAUGUCUGAGUGUGUUUUACUCGCUGCAGGUCUGGUCUGAUGGUGAUCCUCUCAGCUGAUCUGCUGCUGUGGUUGAACGCAGUGACCGAGGACACCAUCCACGAGGAGAUGGAGUUAGACAAACAGGGCAGUCUUCAUCUCAGCGUCAAAAACUCCUCUUUAACCCAAGUUCCUGAUCCAGCAGGUAGUCCAGAUUGAAGUUAGAGUGACUGUCCUGACCUGGGAAAAAAAGUUACUCUUUGAUUUUCGUCUUUCAGGAUUCGCCAAUUCGACGCUCUGCCGCUGCAGUGCGAGUGCAUCCUGCCUCGCCUUUAGGAAAGCUAUCGAGAUCCUGUACCCCUUCCACUUGGAGUACUACCUGAUGGUGGGCUGCAUGAUCUAUGUGAUGUGGAAGAACGUGGGCCGCAGGAUGAGUCCAAGUGAGCCCCACGUGGCUCAGAAGCUGACUCUGAAUGUGGUCUAUGAAGGUGGGAUCUUCUACGGCCUGGUGUUUGGAGGUCUGGUCCUCCUCACAGGGAUCAUCAUCUUCAUCCUCUACCAGGUGUACGUGAGCCGGCCUCACCUCCACCACACCGCCUUCCUCUUGUUCUACGCCUACCACCUGGUGGUCCUGCCGGUCAUGUCCCUGUGCUCGCUGGCCGGGAUGCUGAUCCACACGCUGGAGAGGAGGGCGAGCGAAGGGGGACACAACCCGACCCGCAGUCUGGAUGUGACUCUCCUGCUGGCGGCGGCUCUGGGUCAGCUCGCCCUCUCUUACUUCUCUCUGGUGGCGGCCCUCGCUGUGGGGACCGAGGGGCCUCUGGGGGACCUGGACCUGUCUUACUCUCUGCUCAGUCUGCUGGAGCUCAUCCUCCAGAACAUCUUCAUCAUUAAAGGGCUUCACAGACACCCGAGCCUCCUGGCAAAGACGAGAGAGAAGCGGUGGAGUAACAUAUUCAAGGUACCAGCAGGUUUUUAGCCCUCGUUAGGACUUAGUGAGAGGAGGUUUCAAGUAUAAAGACUGUCUGAGAAGUUUUCAGGUAUUACUCAGACCUUUCACUUUGCCCUCUAGUGGAUCAAAUCUGUAACUACACUCAGAUAUCCACUUAAGCCCAAAAUUAUUCAUACCCCUGUCAAUCAUCUCAGAUUUGACAAGUCAAGUCAAGUCAACGUAAGACUUGCCAUGGCAAAGACAAAAGAGCUCAGUGAGGACUUGUGAGCACACUUUGUAAAUGCCAAAAAGGAAGGAAAAGGGUACAAAAAAAUGCCAAAUAAUUUCAGGUGCGAGUGGCGACGGUGCAAAGAAUCAUAGUACCAAAAUUUCAAACAGUCAAAAACCUCAAAGGUCGUAGUCGGAAGUCAUUAGCGUCACCUCGGCUUAUCAGAAAGAUCAAGUGAGAUGUUGAAAACAAUCCAAGGACGACGACCAAGGCUGUCCUGAAGGAACUGAGCGUGAGUGGUGUGACUCUAUCGAGGCAGACACUCCAGUGGACACUGCACCAAGAUGGUCCAAAUGGACGCCGACCAAGAAAGAACCUCUGCUUCAACCAAAACGUGUAAAAGCUCGUCUGACCUUUGUCAAGACGUACCUAGAGAAGGAGGAAAGCUUCUGGUCAUCUGCUCUGGUCAGAUGAAACAAAAUUGAGGCCUUCAAGCUAAAGACCAAAGUCCCCUCUGUGAAAUAUGGAGGUGGAAGCAUCACGCUGUGGGGCUGCUAUUCUCUAAACGGGCCUGGCAACUUAUUUAAAGUGGAAGGCACCAUGAGGAAAGAACAUUUUAUCAAGAUACUCAAAGAGGGCCUCGAGCAGGCAGCAGAGAACCUGAACCUGGGGGAGUGUUGGACCCAUCAGCAGGACAAUGAUCCGAAGCAUACAGCCAAGGUGGUGAAGAAAUGGUUCCAGGACUAUGAUGUUGAUAUUAUGAAGUGGCCAAGUCAGAGUCCUGAUCGAGAACCUAUGGGUGGAGCUCAACAAACGGGUGGCGUUUCCACAAAAAACCUCCAACCUCAAGGAUCUUGAAACGUUUGCAAAGAAGGAAUGGUCCAAAAUUCCUGGAGAUACUUGCAAAAAGUUUGUGAGGAAUUACAAAAAUCAUUUGGAGGCUGUUAUGAAAAAUAAGGGGUUUGUAAUUCAUUAUUGAGACGGUAUGAAUAAUUUUGGGCUUAAGUGGAACUUGCUCUGAUUGGAAACACACCUGUAAAGUUACUGACUUGUUGAAAACAUCUUUAAUUGGCAGGAAGAUUUUUCCUCCAGGUGGUUUUUUUUUAGGUUUACAGAACUUUUUCAGAAGUUUGAUGUCCCGACUGUCUCGCAGCCUAAGAAGAAGUUUACCGACUCGGUGCAGGAGGAGAAGAAGACAGAUUUGUCUCUGCUGGAGGGGAAAACAUCAUCUGCUGUUCAAAAGCAUGAUGGGAAAAAAACCUGGAAGAAAACGGCGAUUCAAGAACUCUGCGCCUUCCUCAUCCUCUCUAAUGUCAUGGUACGCUCGUGUAUUUUUAUGUUACAUUUUAGAUUUUUGCAGGAAUAAACUGACUCUACGUUUCGUCCUCUUGCAGCUGUGGAUCAUUCCUGCGUUCGGAGUCCAUCCUCAGUUUGAGAACGGGUUUGGGAAACGGUUCUUCGGCUUCUCCGCCUGGUUCGUUCUGGUGAAUCUGGUUCAGCCGCUCGGUGUCUUCUACAGGAUGCACUCAGUGGGAGCUCUGAUGGAGCUGCUGCUCAAUGCAUGA